AUGAGGGGAGAAUCGGCAAAAUCAGGGCCACGAUCGGGCAGAGAGGAAUUGACUAGAUUGCUGAUUGAGGCGCAAAGGAAGAUGAUGAACAAGACAGACAAAGCCUGGUCCUUGUUUGCAGGCAUGUUCGACUACUCAUGGCGGAAACCAUCAGACAACGAGAUUGUGAUAGAUUAUGUUAUCAAACAUCCUAGGUUCCAGGGUUCUGACAGCAGCAACCGAAAGAGGGUCAAUAUCGAAUGGACUAUCGAUGUGAUCAGAGGAUUGGUCGCCGACCCGGCACCAUCCAGCUGCGAGAUCUUGGUCUGGACGUGCAACGAAGCAUUAUAUGCUCAAGACGUCAAAGCCGAUGAAGAGAUACCUGGAUCGUACGCAACCUGCGCCGACCGCCAGAAAGAGCUUGGGCCGCUCUUCAGACGUAUCUCCGCCACGAACUUUGGGCUAAUGAAACAAGUCUUCCCAAGUGGUUGCCUGACGCGGGACGAAAUGAAGAACCUUGCGAAGACUCACUGA